GAGUUGUAUUUAUUAGUCUUCUUGCAACCUAGAUUCCUAUGGUUACUCAUUAUUUUACAGGGGAAAAAUAAAAUAUAGAUUUGUCAAUUGUCAUUGGAGUGGCGUUAGCGAAAUUCCCUUGUAUGACAUUCAAGUCAAUGCAAUAUUUUAAAGAAACAGAUAGUUAAGUUGGUAUUUAAUUUUAAGACGAACUGCUGCCUUUCCAAUCAUGGAAAUGAGCCACAGCUUGAUUCUUAAUGAGGAAGCACUUGCCAAAAUACCUGAAGCAAAAAAAUCCCUCUUUGUUUAUGAAUGGUUACAGUUCCUAGAAAAUGUUUUAAUAGCAGCUCAAAAGAAUGACAUCAAAGACUGCCAGAAAAAAAUUGUUGAACAGCUUUUGGCUCAAAUCCAUUCAAGCCCAGGUCCUCCAAUACGGCAAUUAAUUGGUCAAUGCUUAGCCACUCUGUUUAGCGUAGGAGAUGCAUUCCUUCUUUUUGAUACUAUCAACAAGCUGAAUGAUGUGUUAAAGAGCAGAGAUGAUUCACCAAGUUUUCUCAUGACUCGUUUAGCUUCUAUUACUACCUUGGGAUUCUUAUACGAAAGACUUGGGCGUAUGGCAGGAAGAUCAUAUGAUGAAUCUGUUCAAGUAUUGCUUAGAGGACUUAAAAACAGUGAGUCUCAAACAAGAGCAGAGAGUUUAGUAACUUUAGAAAAGCUGUGUUGUGGAAUGGGUUCAGCAGCAUCCAAUCAGCAUCGUGAUAUCUUUAAGACCUGCAAGUUAUGUCUGUCAGACAGAAACAUGAAUGUUCGGGCUGCAGCAGCCAGGUGCAUGUGGGAAGUCAUGAAACAUUCGUCUAGUAUCCUACAGCUUAACGAAUUUGAAUCCAUAGCUGCACUGAGCUUUCGUGCUCUCGAAGGUUCCAAUCAUGAAGUUCGAUGCGCUGUGGCCCUUUUGUUAGGUCAUGCUGCUGCUGCAGCACUUACACCUCCUAAACCUGGUCCAGCAAGAACCGGUCUUUCGGCAGCAGCGAACCAGUCUGCUGCAUCUUCAGCGGCGAAGGUUGCAUCAGUAGAAGAAGUUCUAGGAGUAAUUUCGACCGGAUUUUUGCGUGGAGGUGGAGGUUUCCUAAAGGGAACAGGUGAAAUGAUUAAAGGACCAGCUGCCACAAGCCGAGAAGUUCGAGUUGGAGUCACAAUGAGCUACGUCGUCAUGGUCCAACAACUUGGUUCUACAUGGUUGGAGCGCCACUUAAACACCAUGUUGCAGCAUCUACUUGAUUUAGCAGCCCAGCCGCGAGCUGCUCCUACCCACGUUGACGCCGUCUAUUCCCGUCAGUGCAUCACUUUCGUGUUUCGUUCACUGUUGGGCAAAAUGUUGGGCGAGAAGCAGCAAACGGCUGCUUGUAAAGAAUUAGCUCGCAUUAUUAAUCAUCAGAUGAACAGCAUAGAUCCCAAUCCGGAGAAUGCAAAAGACAGUAGCACGCAGGAAACUAUAUUUAGUCAACAUCUUCUUGUUUGUGCACUGCAAGAGCUUGGCUCACUUGUUCACAGUCUUGCUAGCUCUGCAUCGGCUCUUUUGGCCGAUCAGGGAGCUGGCGUAAUUGAUUGUGCUAUCGCUGUCUUGCUUCAUCCGUCGCAAGCUGCUCGUCUUGCAGCAGCUUGGAGUCUGCAGUCUAUGGCCGUUGCUGUUCCAUCUCAUCUUACACUUCUGAUCGACAAAUGUGUUGAUGCCCUAGAAAAUCUUCGAAGCACGCCCGAAGCUGUGUCAGGUUACAGCGCCGCUUUGGCAGCAUUGAUAGCUGGUGUUUCAUCUUCUAGCUUGGGCAUCCCACAUAACCGUGGAAAGAUUGUGUUCAACACUGCCGAGGAGCUAUUAAGAAGUGCAAGCCAAAACAACAGACUCGCCGUCCAGCGCACACAGGCUGGUUGGUUACUCAUCGGAGCUGUUAUGACUUUGGGGGUAUCUGUGGUCAGUAGCCUGGUUCCUCGAAUGUUGCUCCUUUGGCGCAACAGUUUCCCUCGUUCAGCUAAGGAAUUAGAAUCUGAGAAAGCUCGUGGCGAUGCUUUCACCUGGCAGGUGGCGCUCGAGGGUCGCGCUGGUGCCCUUUCGUCAAUUUGUAGCUUCCUCCGACACUGUCCACAGCUGGCCACAACUGAGGAUAUAACUAAACGUCUAAUGGGUCCGCUGGAUGCCGCCAUCACUAUGCUAACAAGCAUUGCAACAGUCGUCAAGACAUAUGGACAGCCUCUCAAGGCAGCAUGCGCUAUGGUUCGUCUUCGUCUUUACGAUGCUCUUUCUUUAGUCCCUCCUCAAUACUAUGAAGCGAGUUAUACUCAACUUUUGCGUUUACUGGUGGCUGAGUUCACUUUAGCUGAAAAUCCAGCCAAUACAACCACAUCUCUGUUGCAGCAACAAUGCCAACCUGAUGGUUCAGCAGUCUUGUUGCAUCCAGAUCUUCAAGAUUCAGACUACAAUUUGCUUCAACAACAGCUGUUGCCCAACAGUGCUGCCGGUUCAGGAGCCCUUGAACACGAUCCAUGUUCGCUUUAUGCUUUGGUGACGGAUAGGUCACAGAAUGUUGGGAACGUUCCUGGGCCACUUCCCUUGGGUGUAGCAGUUAUCGAUGCAUCAAUCACGCUAUUUGGACACGUUUUCCCUCGAGUACUACACAAACACCGUCUCCAGCUGUUGAUCCAUUUUGAGGAUAGCAUCAAACAAGCCAAAACCCGUCAAGCCGUUCAAACGAAUAUUUUUGCCGGUUUACUUGCUGCGCUGCGUAAUGUAGCCGAAACAAAGGUUGGAUUAGGUCCCAAUGCCGAAGAACUUCGCAAAGGCCUCUCCAGUCUUAUCCAAGCCGGACUCGUUAAUCCUACCUGCCCUGCCCUACGUUGUGCUGCGGCUGAAGCCGUAGGUCGUUUGGCUCAAAUAGGAUUGGAUCAGCGUUUUACGAGUGAAGCUAUUCAAACUAGUUUCGAUAAACUGAAGAACAGCCGAGACGCUGCGAGUAGGACAGGGCACAGUCUUGCCCUAGGAUGUUUACAUCGCUAUGGUGGUGGCUUAGGUCUAGCCUCUUCGCAACAACUAAGUAGCAGCAUUUCCAUUUUGACCGCCCUUAGCCAAGAUACGUCGUCAGCAAUGGUACAACAAUGGGCCCUUCAUGCACUAGCGUCAAUUGGAGAAGCAAGUGGCCCAGUGUUUCGGCCAUUUGCGGACUCGUGCUCCAAUAUGGCGUUGCAGUUAUUGAUGACAGUUCCUUCAACCAAUGUAGAAGUGCUCAGGGCAGUAGGCCGUUGCUGUGCAGCUUUGGUAACUGCUUUUGGUCCUGAACUCCAAGGAAAUACUGGCAACAUCAUCGCUGCUAGAUCUUCUCUCUUGUCCGCAUGUGCUCUACUCCAGCAACACAGUAGUCCCGUAGUCCAGUCCGAAGCCAUCUUUUGCCUACAGCAGAUGCACAUGUUUGCACCACGUCACGUCAAUCUUAGCAAACUUGUUCCUCUUCUUUGUCGAUCUAUUAGCAAUCAACAUUUGGGUCUGCGACGAGCAGCGGUCUCAUGCUUGCGUCAAUUAGUACAGAGAGAGGCCAGAGAAGUCUGUGAGCAUGCUGCCGCCUACGUAACAGAAUCAAGUCGUGCAAUUCCGCUGUUCAACGGAUCGAAACAAGGAUUGCCAAUGGCGCUACUUCUACUAUUAGAUAGCGAAGUAGACGUCAUGUUGCAGCGUCAUCUCCGAGACACUUUGAACGGUCUUCUGACUACCUUAGCGGAGCAGCAGCUCAGCUCAUGGUUGACGCUCUUCAAGGAAGUGCUGACGACAUCGGCUGAUACAACUGCUGGUCCUGCUCCAUCUGGACAGCAUGGGCAACCCACUGUAGGACUUAAAAGCUCAUCAUCAACUGCCGAUGCAGAUGGCGAUGGUGCAGUAGAUGACGACGAAGAAGAGUUUCACGCAAAUGGAGACAGUCUUUCACCUACCCCUAGCAGUCGCCCAGCUGGUCUGCCUCCUCCUCGCUGGCCUACCAGAGUCUUUGCUGCUCAAUCCGCCGGAAAACUGCUGUUGCUAAUGCGAGAAAGUACGGCAACGGCUCACUUUGACUUGGCAACCGCUCGCCAACUUAGCAGCUCGAAUGGAACCGAUUUCUUGGUUCUGCACCUCUCCGAUCUGAUUCGAUUAGCGUUUAUCGCAGCCACUUCCGAUUGUGACGCCCUUCGCAUGGAAGGCCUCCGUCUACUUCAACUGCUCAUUGAUUGUUUUGCCAGCCAACAAGAGCCUGAAUUUCCCGGCCAUUCAAUCCUUGAACAAUAUCAAGCUCAAAUAAGCGCUGCCUUAAGACCAGCUUUCAGUGCUGAUACUGCCCCAAACGUCACUGCUGCUGCCUGCCAUGUCUGUAGCACAUGGAUGUGUUGCGGUGUAGCUCAAGAUCUGUCAGAUCUCCGUCGAGUUCAACAGCUUCUUCUUUCGGCAUUGAAUCGAAUCACUGCUGCUCAACAAUCGACUCUUCCCCCAAUAAGUGGAAUAGGUGGUCUUCAACAGCACCGUUUGUACAAUGAGAGCGCUGCCACUCUUGAGAAUUUGUCGGUCCUCAAAGCUUGGGCUGAGGUUUACGUAACGGCAAUGUCUAACGAUACCGCAAUGAAAGACAGGUAUUGUCCGAUUAAUUUUUUUACUUUAAUACAUUACACAUUUGAAAUGUGUCUAUAUUCCUACAGCAAAGUUGCCGAGAGUCGUCAUUUGCUUUUGCCUUUGGUCAAACCAGAACUGGCCGGUUUGGCACAAUUUUGGCUUGCAGCUCUGAAAGAUCAUGCUCUUCUCACGCUUCCUCCAGAAUUUGGCCCUCAGUUGCCACCAGAAGGAGGAACGUUUUACACUCACGAUGCGGCCGAUUUGUCACGACCUUAUUACAAACUGAGCUGGCCCCCUCUGCUCCAGGCUGCGGCACUUUGGUUGGGUCAUGUAAAUAACGCCGGUGAAACAAUUGAACCAGAUAAUGUCUACUCCAACCACUUCUUCCUAGUAUUCGGAAUUGCCCUAGAAGCUUUGUGUGAUCUUAAAUCAACCGAACCGGACUCCUCGACUGAGGCUUGCUUGUAUGCCCUUCAAGCAUUAUUGCACUCUCCAAAAGCCCGAAAUUCAAUGACCUGUCAGGCACCGCUAACAGUCGAAGUUUGCAACGUUCUUCAUCGCGUGGUGUUGACGAAGAAAGCCUCAAUCCAAAAGCAAGCUUUCGAGGUUUUAUUGGCACUUGUGCAAGCCACUCACGAGCAAAUGAAUCGGUUGAGUGACCCUCUCGCUGCAGGGGAAGGUGGCAGUGAAGGAGAACUCUUGCCGGGCACUUCGUUAGUUUUUGCUGCUCUUGAAGUCUGCCUCUGCCUACUCGUUCAAGUUUAUCCAAAUAUGGACCCCAGUACCACAAGCAGCACUAGAGGUGUGAAAAGAGCAGUUAGCAUUAAUGGGAACGUAGGCGAAGAACUAGUGGCUGCCGCUCUAGACGUAAUGGGAAUAUUGCCCUCUGUCUGUUCGCCGCACGGUGCUCUUUCACUUCUACCAGCGUUGUUACAUUUAGUCACCAACGUCUUGAAAGAGGCCCGAACACUGGAAUCGCCGUCUAUUCAAGCAGCAUUGCGUUGUUUGCGUACGUUCUGUUGUCAUCCAUUUUCGAAACUAGCGGAAACAGAAGCGCCGUACGGCAAAUUACUCCAGAGCUGUACUGCUCGUCUUUUGGAUUGGGGCAAAGCUGGCCAGGAAGAAGACCGUCUGGAUCCAUUAGUUCUAUUGAGUGCUGUCUCCGAAAUGUUGCUGCACGCUCCGUCUGGGUUACUUUCGUGUCCCGCUUUAUUGUAUCCUUCACUUAAUGCCUUCCAGCAGUCACUACAGUCCACCGACGCAAGACUUAGGCUACACACUUUACGACUAUUUGACAAUCUACUCCAGGAUGCAACUCGUCAGUUGGCAUCGCAUUCCGAUAACGCUAAGUCAAUCCUUCGCCCACUGACGCCCUACGUCCACGCACUGGCCCCGAAAAUUGUGGCACAUCUAUGUAGCCCUACAUCUCGUCUCAUCGAGUCUCAGCAACAGCUAUUGAUGACCAUUGAGUCUAUCAACUGUGUGGAAGCUCUGACUGCACUUGCCGACGCCGAAAAUUGUCUAUUGGUCUUGCAACUUUUGGUCCCCAUCCUUAUUGGUUGCCUAUUGGAUCCGACGCAGAUGAAAGCGGCGAAUCCUUUGACUAAAACCUUACACACCCACGCUUUACAAACAUUGACGCGGAUAGGCACCCAAUAUCCACAGGAAUUCAAAUCAUUAUUGAGUUACUUACCGGAGCUGAGAACAAAACUUGAGUCAGCUGCCCGAGCAAACCAAUUCUGUUCUAGAAAUCCUAAAUCGGGUGCGAUGAGCACCGCAGUGGAAACCAAGGCGGCUCCCACCAUCAAAUUGAAAACCGAUUUCAGCAAUUUUAAUUAGAUUUGAUGAUUUAUUGAUUUGGCAAGCUUAUUACUUUGUGAUUCGUGAUCAUAUCCUUGUGACCUUUAAGUCCAGUGUAUGGCUUAAAGGAUUGUUUUUAUGUGACUUAUUUUUCAUUUGAGUGUGGAUGUAGAAACUCACAACACAUUUACACAGUAGUGGGUCAGUUAUGCAAUCAUUUGUAUUUUACCAUGUUCUUUCAAUAACAAGAGUAAGACAAAAUAAACCAUCAGAAACUGA